AUGGUCGCAUUCUUAUCCAUCGCGCUGUACAACGUCAUCGAACUUACCUUUCUCGUCUUCGCCAUCUUCAAAAAGCGUAGCGGGCUAUACUUCUGGAGUUUUGUCGUGGCCACUUGGGGUAUCGCACCUCAUGCUGUUGGAUUCAUCCUGAAGUUUUUUCAGGUCACCACACUAGACCUGCUAUCGAGCGCGAUAGUGGGCAUAGGCUGGGGAUGUAUGGUGAUAGGGCAAUCUGUCGUUCUCUAUUCGCGUCUGCAUCUCGUUAUCCGAGAUCGGUCUCAGACACGUUGGGUAAAAUAUAUGAUCAUCUUCAACGCUAUCGUCCUCGGGAUUCCGCUUCUGGUUCUAGCGAUGGGUACAAACUCUCAGCAAUCGGCUCGUUUCCUGCCAGGGUUUUUGAUCUACGACAAGGUCCAGAUCGUGGUGAUCUGCGUCCAAGAGUUGAUAAUAUCCAUCAUCUACAUCUACGAAACGGUACGUUUGCUGGGGCACGACACUGAUAGCAACGGCCGCGGACCUCUACAAAAGCUACUCAGACACCUCAUCUUCGUCAACAUUGUAGUCCUGAUCCUCGACAUCACCCUCCUUGCUGUCCAGUUCUCAGGUCACUACGAGAUUCAAACAACGUACAAGACGGCUGUAUACAGCGUCAAGCUCAAGAUUGAAUUCUCUGUCCUUAAUCGGCUUGUCAGCAUAGUGGAGCACAAACACAAUGGUGGAAAUCCCGGUAUCAAAACCCUCUCUUUGGGCCCAUGGACUCAGAGCAGGAAGACACGCUUGAGCACCAAAUUUGAUGGCCCUGGUGCCUUUUCCAAGAUCGAAGAGACUAGCUCGUCAGAUAACAGGGGGAAGGACUCAUUCGUGGGACAUCUAGAACACAUCUCCGCCAGGGAGGGGCGUUGA